CAGGAGAGUAUAAGGGCUGGAGGGAACGGCCUGGCGGGAGUCGCCUGCAGUAUCCUACGCAACCUGAUCCUUCAGAAUCCCUGCCCUUGGUCUGUAGCUGUAGGUCCGUUCUGUUCUAUCCCACCAUGGCAAGGGGCUUGGAUCUAGCACCGCUGCUACUGGUACUUCUGGCGAUGGUGGCCGGCUUUUGCACGGCCCAGAUCAACUGCACAUGCCCUACCAACAAGAUGACCGUCUGCAACUCUAAUGGCCCAGGUGGGGUCUGCCAAUGUCGGGCAAUCGGCUCGCAGGUGUUGGUCGACUGCUCCACGCUAACUUCCAAGUGCCUGCUACUCAAGGCGCGCAUGAGCGCCCGAAAGAGCAGCCGCAGACUGGUGAAUCCGAGCGAGCACGCGAUCUUGGACAACGAUGCCUACGACCCGGAGUGUGACGACAAGGGCCGCUUCAAGGCGCGCCAGUGCAACCAGACCUCGGUGUGCUGGUGCGUAAACUCGGUGGGCGUGCGCCGAACGGACAAGGGAGACCAGAGCCUGCGCUGCGACGAAGUGGUGCGAACCCACCACAUCCUCAUUGAGUUGCGCCACCGCCCGACAGACCGAGCCUUCAACCACUCUGACCUAGACUCCGAGCUGCGGCGGCUCUUCAAGGAACGCUACAAGCUGCACCCCAGCUUCCUAGCCGCGGUGCACUACGAAGAGCCCACCAUCCAGAUCGAGCUGCAGCAGAACGCGUCACAGAAGGGCCUGAGAGACGUGGACAUCGCUGAUGCCGCCUACUACUUCGAAAGGGACAUCAAAGGCGAGUCACUGUUCGUGGGCCGUCGCGGCCUGGACGUGCAGGUGCGUGGGGAGCCCCUGCAUGUGGAGCGGACUCUCAUCUACUACCUGGACGAGAAGCCCCCCCAGUUCUCCAUGAAGCGCCUCACCACCGGCCUCAUUGCAGUCAUCGCUGUCGUCGCGGUGGCACUAGUGGCCGGUGUGGUGGUCUUGGUGGUCACCAACCGGAGGAAAUCAGGAAAAUACAAAAAGGUGGAGCUUAAGGAGCUAAGGGAGAUGAGAAGCGAACCUAGCUUGUAGAUUUCCCCGGGCUUCCUUAGCACCUCAGACCAAAUGUGUUGGCCUGUUGAUUCUUAGCCAGGAGGUAAUUUUCCUCCCAGCUGUGACCUCUUCCUUCUCUCUCCACAAACAAGUUCCCUAGAUGCUGAGCUCAGGUCACCUCCUCGCCCUUGAUUUUGAAGGACGCAUUUCUGAAAUUCCUUAUCCAGUCUCUCAAAACCUGGCCCCGGAGGGUUAAGCAAAGACUGGCUUGUGCCAGGCAGCCCAGUCGUUUCCCAGAGACGUGAAUCUACCCAAAGACUUAAAACGGUUUGAAAUGGGAACGCAGCUCUUUUGCUGUCCUGGGUUGUUGGUGAUCCAUUCACUCCCUGCCUCACAACCUUCAGGAAAGGAAGAACAGUUCACUAACUGAUCCUGUGCAGUGUUCCUCUGCCAUCGUUCAUAUGGAAUAAAAGGCGUUUCCGACGUCUGCAGUCAUUUUAAAUGGCUUUGUUGGACUGCAUCUAUUUUUCUGCCUGCCCCUGAUGUAGCUGAUACUAGAAAGUUUUCUUUUGUAAAGUGUUUGUACAGAUGCGUCUUUGAUAAUGCUGCUGGUUUUUUUAAAGCAACAACUCAAGUUUAAUAAAAUAUGGGAAAGGCACACCUAAAAA